AUGGCACAGCAAAUACCCAUUGUCGGUAUUCCUUCAAGCAACGGGCAGGCUCCACCUCCAAGAAAAAACAUCAACGACUUUCACAGUGAAGGCGGUCCAGAAUGGGACCUGUUCAUCUUGGGCUUGGCGUCUUUACAAGAACAGUCCGAGACAGACCCCCUCUCUUAUUUCCAGCUGAUGGGCAUCCAUGGGGCGCCCUACAAAUCCUGGAAUGGGGUAGAAGGGGUCAAGGCUGGUGGCUAUGGAGGCUACUGCUGCCACGGUGACGUGUGCUUUGGUCUUUGGCACCGCCCAUUCCUAUCCCUCUACGAGCAAACACUCAACACGCACGUGCAGAGGAUAGCAGGCAGCUACCGAGGACAAAACGCGGCCGCAUACCAGGCGGCCGCGCAAAGAGUGAGGUUUCCUUACUGGGACUGGGCAGUCGACGCCAAGCUGCCGCCGUCAGUCACGAUGAAGACCAUCUCGAUCACCACGCCACAGGGCAAGCAGACUGUCCGUAACCCACUGUACAGCUACAAGUUCAGGCGUUCCUUCUCAGAUCUCGGCAUGCCCAACGACAGAAUCGCGGCGCGGUUCACCGAGACCAAAAGGGGUCCGCAAGACAACGGCUCGGAGAAUAUCGAUGGAAUCAACGCCGAGCUCGAACGAUACGGGGGUACUCUAAGGAGUCAGGUUUACAAUGUCUUUAGCCAGACCACAACCUUUGAGCAGAUGGCGACAGAUUCAUUUCGCGGGAGCAGUUUCGAAUCGCCGCACAACACAGUCCACAACAUCGCCGGUGCCGGUGGUCAUCUCAUGUGGCUAGACUGGUCGGCUUUCGACCCAGCAUUCGCUCUGCAUCACUGCAACAUCGACAGGCUCGUAGCACUGUGGCAGGCCAUCAACCACGACAAGACCGUCUUCAACGGAUCCGUGCACACAAACGGCCAGUUCGCCACGGCCCCGGGCUCCUUCACCGCCGAUUCGCCGCUGAAGCCCUUCUAUGCCAGCACCAGGCCGGGCGACUUCCACACCACCCGGACCGUGGCCGACGUCACCAGGCUCGGAUACACAUACCCCGAACUUCUCUCACCGGCGGGCGAGGCCGUCGGCACCAGAGAGGAGCUCGGCCGUCUUGUGAGCAGCAGGGUCAACGCACUCUACGGCAACGGCGUGGUUGUUGCCCAGUCCGAAGACGCGCCCACGGGGACCAGCAGGUCUGUCCGGAGGAGGAGCGGCGGCGCCGACGGCAUCCCUGAGCGCAAGUUCCGGAACGGCAAGGCUCGAAACAAGGACAGGACCGGGGCGCGGAGGGACUACCAGCUGCUGGUGCAGGCGACGCGGGAGCUCCUCGAGCUUCCCUGUCGCAUCCACGUCUUUGUCGGCGACCAGCCGGUCGGGCAGGUGUCGCUCAUGGCGUCGCCCACCAGCGGCCUCAGCUUCACCGUGCUGCCGCUGGCCGAGGUGCUCGCAGAGCGUGGCAUUGAGGACUGGAACGAGCAUGCCGUGUUACCUAUGCUGGAGAAGGAGUUGAAGGUCGAGGUGCGCAAGUAUGACGGUACCAAGAUCUCGGCCAGAUCUGUGCCGGGCCUGGAUCUCGAGGUUCAGAGCAGAACUUAUACGCCAAAGAAGAGCAACUAUGAAUUCCCCAAGUUCCACACGCCCAACAAAGUCUCGAUGCGCUUCGCGACGCUCUAAUACGCAUUUGCUGAGAAACCAGGCCAGUGA